CCGGUUUGCGACUGGCUAUUAAGAUUUGAGGACGAAGAAGAAGCAGUCAGCUCACUUACUCCACAACAGCGCCGUCCCCUACGUUGGCUGUUUUGAUGGGAGACCCCCUCAUAAGAAGUGUUGGGCAAGGAAAGGGUUAAAAAGAUUAUAGGAUCCCACACGUCGCCAUGAACAAAUGAAUUCGCGGGGAAUUAAAUAUCAAUUUCACAAAGGAGAAAGAGUUCUGUGCUUUGAACCGGACCCUACUAAGGCUAAAGUGCUGUAUGACGCUAAGGUCAUUGAUAUCUUGAUAAACACUGAUGAACAUGGAAGAAGGAUCCCAAAGUACCUGAUUCACUUCAAUGGUUGGAACAGGAGCUGGGAUCGUUGGGCUGCAGAGGAUCAUGUCCUGAGGGACACUGAGGAAAACCGUAAAUUGCAACAUAAACUGGCUCGCAAAGCUCUAGGUCGCAUGAAGAGAAAGGGAUGGGUGAAGAGGCGUCGUCGUCAGUCUGGUACUAAAUCUUCUCUGAAGACUCUCCCUAAGGAGGACGACAGUGAUGACGCAUGUUUGAGUUCAUCUUCAGGGAGCACUGACGGGGACGAUUCUGACCCUGAAUCUUCAAAUAGUGGGGACAGCAACUUCUCUGAGGAUAUCAACAAAAUGGGGGUUGAACCAGACAUUAAUGUUAAGAGGGAAUGUGAGGAGAAAGUUGUCCAUGUUGACAUCAACAUCCCUGAUAUUCUGAAGAAGAAACUGGAGGAUGACUGCUUUUAUAUCAACAAGAGGAAGAAGCUGGUAAUGGUUCCCUGUCAGACAAAUGUCGUCCACAUCCUGGAGUCUUACGUGAAGCACUUUGCCAUCAACAAAGCAUUCAUGGCCAAUGAAAGGUAUCGGCGGCAGCAGGGCACAACCCAGAGCAGCAGUCCACAGUCGGUCUCCCCAGAGAAGAGUGAAGAGCUGUGCAAGGAAAUGGUUGAUGGUUUGAGGAUCACUUUUGACUUCACCUUGCCCAUGAUCCUCCUCUACCCCUGUGAACAAGCUCAAUUCAAAAAGGUCAGCUCCUCUAGGCUCUUCAUGACCAUGAGUGAAAACUCCCCCUGCUCCAGCAAUACCCAGCGAGAGCGAAGCCCAAGCCCUCUGGGGCAAAACCCCCCUACCCCUCAGUCCACAGACAGUCAGCCAGCACUGAGUGACAUCUCUGCCACCACGCCCACUGCUCCAGUCCCCACUCCAAAGCGCCGGCGCCACCCUGACAUGGACUGCAUCUCAUACCAGUCUCAGUCACUCAGACGCUCCACCAGGAAUACAUCUGGAGGUGACCGGCCACCUGAAGGAAGCAGUGGAGGUGGAGGCAGUGCCACAGCGUCCCCACAGCUUAAACGCCUUUUGGUUGACACUUCAUCCCAGUCCAAAUUCUUCAUCAACCUUGACAGAAAAACCCCAGUGCACAGUGGGUCAUCUUCCCCAUUGCCCUUGACUCCGAGCAAAGAAAGAAGUGGACCUUUCUAUGGACUGGAGAGUCACAGAAACAAUGAACUUAAUGAGGUCUUAAGCUGGAAGCUGACUCCAGAUAACUACCCUCUGAAGGACCAGCCUCCUCCACCUUCCUACCUGUAUGGAUCACAGCACCUCUUGCGCCUUUUUGUGAAGCUUCCUGAGAUCCUGGGAAAGAUGCAGAUUCCUGAGAGGAAUCUUCGAGCCCUGGUCAAACAUCUGGAACUCUUUCUCAGGUUUCUGGCAGAGUUCCAUGAGGAUUUUUUUCCUGAGUCUGCAUAUGUGUCAGCAUCAGAGGCCCACUACAGCAUGAAACAACCAAGGCCUGUUUACUGAAGAGACUAUGGCUGUUGUGUUUCCUUCCCUUGUUAUCCUUAUCCUGACCUAGUCCAGCUUGUUCAGUCUGGCCUGUCUGGGCUCAUGUAUAGAGGAGGAAUAGCAGCUUCCUCUGGAGGAGCUGUGUUGUGUUCCCUUGGACCUAACAUUAGUUUUUCCGCUGCUGUCUUGUGGAGCUGGCUGUUUCUAUCAUGCCUCUAACCUGUGAGCAUACUGUGUGUGUGUGGUACUGUUCACUGCACUGCUUUGCUUUACUGUACAGUUGCAAGCCAUGUUGAGUGCUGUGAUGGUUGGGGUAAGCUACUUGUAUGCCCUAUACAGAGUAGAAGUGAGUUCUUAGAAGGUAGCUACUACUGAGCCCUUUUCCCCCCUUAUUGUCAUCAGCUUUGGUUUUUACCUGUCCUACACUUUUUCAAAGUUAAGGGUUGAAAGUUCUCUAGUUGUGAGGCAUUUAGACAUUUAUAAAAACAAAACUGCCCAGAAUCACUCAGAUGUAGAAGCAGAUGUGUUUUGUUAAAGCCCCCUUUUGUCCCACAAGGACUUUUCCACUCUUUAUAUUCAUCAUCAUCAUACUCUUCAUUGCCAUGGAUAUUAAAAUAAAUAUUUUGGCCUGUUCAUAGAAAGGAAGUGUGCCCCGAUUUAGAAGCUCUGUGUUCUUGUUUUACCUGCUCAAACAAAUUUUGGAUACUCGUGGUGACAUCAUGUGUUGGUUGGAAGUCUGGCCCAUUGUUAUGUAGUGAUUUCCUGUAAACGAAUACCAUGCAGCCCUGCCAGCAAUCCUUUCUGGGAUGCAGCUCACCUGCAGCGACAGUACGAUUUGCCCUUUCUAUCUUGGAAAUGCUUUGCUGCUUUUGCUGAGCUAUUAUAAUUUACUGACUCUCAAAAAAAACUUAUAUUCAAUAAUGUUUUUUCCUCUUGCACUUUUUGGACAUGUAAUGUCCACUGACAGAUGUCUAUCUGCUUUUUCUUUAACUUCAUUUGGCCUGUUCCUCCCAGUGUAACCACCUAACAGGAAGGAUAAAAGGAGUAAGUGCUGUGUACAUAUCACACCUGUGUCUGUUACAUUAAUUAAAGGGGAAUUUCAUUUAACAGCUACUAGCUUCAGAUCUUUGCCUGUAUGCUAGUAUUUGCCAAUGUUAAAUACUCUUUUAGUUUAGCGAGUACCUUAAAUAUUAGAUUAUAAAAUCACUUAUGUGUCAAAGAUAAGUUUUUAGUAUACAGUUGUGAUUUACACCAUAACAACUGAUACCAUUUGAGAAGAGAAGUCAGUCUGGUUAUUUGUUAUGAGCUUGUGAAAAUGUAAAUAGAAAACAUGUCACUAUGUUACAGUAUUAGUUCUUUUUUUGCACUGCAUCUUACUGUUAAUACCCGGUACUUUACUUUGGUUGUGCUAUUGUCACCCACAUGGUCAUGUUUGAAUUGGUCAUUAAAUGCUUGACAACACUCAGUUGAAACUUGUUGGUAAUACACAACUAGUUUAACAUCUCAUCUGUAUUUUGUACAAAUGUUUUAUUUCAUAUAUAAAUUGUAACACUGUCAAAACAUGUUCUGUACAGAUGCUUGCUUUAGAUGGCCUCUUAGACUUUUUAUUUUUCAACAUUGUAUCCUUCUAACCUUGUUUUCUUCAGAGUUAAAAUAAAGACUUCUUAUAAAGCU